UAUAUUCACAUUGAUUCCAUUUCCCAACCAGGAAAGUCUUUGAUCUCUCUAAAAAAGAAGACAUCUUGGAAUACGAAGAAUUUUUCUAGCAUUUGCUUCUAAAGGUUCGCCGAACUAACUCAUUUUCAUUACAUCACUAAAAAAUCUGGUGCGAUUUAACUCUUUCUUCUUUCAAAGCCCUUAGACCGCCCCGGAUUUGGCGCGGCUGCAAAAACGAAGCCCCUCGAGGAAAAAAAGAAAUAAUCCCGCAUUCUACUCAAAACCGUUCAACACAACCAUCCAUCUUUGACAAUCACUCACCAUAUUACAAUUAUCUCAAAUUCCUUACCAUACUUUUGAAGAGAUGGUUCGUAAUCUUGUUGUUCUGGGGGGAAACUCUCACCCUCAAAUCACAGAAAUGAUCUGUAAUACGCUCGGUGUUCCACCCUGCAACAGAAUUCUCAAGAAAUUCUCCGUUGGUGAGAGUCGUCUCGAAAUUCAAGACUCAGUACGAGGCAAAGAUGUCUACAUCAUUCAAUCGGGUGGAGGAAAGGCCAAUGAUCACUUCGUGGAUCUUUGCAUUAUGAUCUCCGCAUGCAAAACUGGAUCUGCCAAGCGUGUCACUGUCGUCCUUCCUUUGUUCCCUUAUUCACGACAACCUGAUCUGCCAUACAACAAGAUUGGCGCACCGCUUGCCAAAGGACCAGCCGACGUUAAGGGUAACUUCACUUUCGAAAGUCGACCAGCAACACCUGGUCCUUCUACCCCCCAAACACCGGGACUCACCAACGGUAUGGACAAAUUACAAAAGAAGCUCGGCAAGGCAUCUCUUGAGCAAAUUAAUACUCAAACGUCAAACGGAAUAACUCCCAGACGACAAGAUACUUCAGAUUCCAUUGCGUCUCUUACGAAUGGGCGCCUAAGUGAAGGAUCAGCAACUUCUGUUACAGCUCCGCCUUUCACUACCCACGACUAUGAAAACCCUGGAUUUGUCAAUGGCCAAUCCAAGACUCUUUUCCAAGGCAAGCCGGGAUACAAACAAUGGGUCGCUCAAGCUGGCACACUCGUCGCAGAUCUUUUGACUUGCUCUGGUGCAGAUCAGGUUAUCACUAUGGAUCUUCACGAUCCUCAAUAUCAAGGAUUUUUUGAUAUUCCGGUGGACAAUUUGUAUGGCAAGCCACUUUUGAAAAGAUACAUUCAGCAAAACAUUCCAAACUUUCAGGAUGCAAUUGUCGUAAGUCCUGAUGCUGGUGGAGCAAAGAGGGCAACUGCAAUUGCCGAUGGGCUCAACAUGGAGUUUGCAUUAAUUCAUAAGGUAAAGGUUCCCCCAACUAUACUCCCUGCGCACACUCAUAUCCAUUAGGAACGUCGACCUACCCGAAUUACCGAUCGCCAAAAUGCUACAAUGAUGCUUGUAGGCAAUGUCCGUGAUAAAGUUGCUAUACUUAUCGACGAUUUGGCCGAUACCUCAAACACAAUCACGAGAGCUGCCAAGUUGCUCAAGAAAGAGGGUGCCACUUACGUUUACGCUUUGAUAACCCAUGGAGUUUUCAGUGGUGAUGCUAUCGAUCGCAUCAAUGCAUCUGCGCUGGACAAAAUCAUCGUGACCAACAGUGUUCCGCAAGAUGAACAUCGACGCCUUUGCCCAAAAUUAGAGGUCUUGGAAGUUGGCCCGGUCUUUGCCGAGGCAAUUCGUCGUGUGCAUCAUGGAGAAAGCAUUUCUGUCUUGUUUAACUAUGAUUAGACUAGAGCUUGGCUAUUUUCCGUCACAGGCAUUGCAUUUAGGAGUUCAGGCAUAUCUAAGGGGAGUACAUUGGUAGAGUACUCACUUGUACUCGCUUGGCGCAUUGCGAACCAUGGCUCAUAUACAAUUGCUAUACCCGUAAACCGCAUGGCGGACUAUUCAAAAUUUUCCAUUUUUGUUCAUAUGGUAUGGAAGAAAUUUAGAUAUAUACACAUACUCGAUCUUUGGUAGAUUUCCAUUGAACGUCUUGACGAACCAAGUGCUGGGUUAGGCGUCUAGAGUUGCAUAUAAAUAAAGGCAUAGAAGAACAUAGAAAUGAAUAAAUGGGGACGUAAUUUAGACAAAAAUUUGUUGGAUUGGAAUACCUGGUGUAUGUCUUUCAUGUAUAUGUAAAUCAGUGCGAAUGUUACAUCCA